AUGGAGAAAGCAGAUUGGUUCCCUGAAGCAGAUGAAAAAUGGUUCCCUGAUGAUUAUGGCAUCAGUGAUGAAGAAGAUGAGCCUGAAGGAUCCUAUAAACUACCAAGUGGUAGGAAGAGAAGGAAUAAGAAGUUGAAAGACAUGAUAUGGGCAAGGAGGAAGAUUGUUGAUGUAGUUCAAGGUGACCACAAGCAGCAGUACUUGAGGCUCAGGGAUUAUCUUCAAGCAGUUCUUGACACAAACCCAGGUAGCAGGUGUAUAGUAACAACAUUUGAAGAUCCAGAGAACCCAUCACCUACUCCUAGAUUCAAGUAUAUGUUCUACUGUUUAGCAGCUUCAAAGGAAGGUUUCCUUAAUGGUUGCAGACCAUUUAUAGGUCUUGAUGGAUGCUUCAUCAAGUUAACCACUGGGCAGCAAAUUCUUGCAGCCACAGGAAGGGAUGGAAACAACAAUAUUUAUCCUAUAGCUUUUGGUGUGGUUGACAAGGAAGAUGGUGAAAGUUGGAAUUGGUUUUUAACUCAAUUGAGAUGUUGCAUUGGCAGUGGCAAAAAAUUUGGAACAUACACUAUCAUAUCUGACAGGCAAAAGGGCUUGCUUAAGGCAAUAAAUGAGGUAUUCCCUGAUUCACCUCAAAGGUAUUGUCUUAGGCACAUAUAUGCAAAUUUUCAAUCUGCUGGAUUUAGAGGCCAGGAACUAAAGAAGUGUAUUGACAAGGCUAGCUACUCCUACACUAAACAUGGGCAUGAACUAGGCAUGGCAGAACUGAAAGCACAGUCUGAGGAUGCUUGGAAAUGGCUCAAAAAAAUUGAGGUCUCUACUUGGCCUAGGUUUGCUAUGGAUCAUACUUGCAAAACAGAUUUAGUUGAGAACAAUCUAAGUGAAGUCUUCAACAAGAUGAUACUGGAUGUUAGGGCCAAACCAAUAAGGACAAUGUUUGAAGGGAUUAGGACCAAGAAAAUGAUCAAGAGGCAACAAACUAGGGAGAAGUUACAGAUUAGCAAGUGGACAAUCACACCAACCUACUCAGAGAUUUUAGAAGAGAACAAGCAGUAUGCCAAGUAUUGCCAGGCUGACAGAGCUGGUCCAACAAUUUGGCAAGUUACUAGCAAAGAAAAACAGUAUUGUGUGGACAUGGAAGGGUAUACAUGUGACUGCAAGAGAUGGAACAUGACUGGUGUACCUUGCAGUCAUGGCAUAUCUGUAAUGACAAAGCAAAAGCUGCAUCCUGAGGACUAA